CCUCACACUCCAUGCUCCAAUCAGUCUGCACUCGCAUGUCCACGAGGUUGCUCGCACGGGCCUGGCGGCAUCCUCUUUCUCUCUCUCUCUCUCUUUCUCUUCUCCCCUCUCUUCUGUCUGUCUGUCUCUCUCUCUCGCUCCCUCGCUUGCUUCGCCCGCUCAUACCCCCCUCACGUUCUGUCAUUCUCCAUCUCGCUCUCUUUCCCCCCUCUUUCUCCAUUCACCAUCUAUCUCUCUCUCGCUCUCUUUCGCUCGCUCUUUCAUUCACCUGACUCUUGACGCGAGCAGUGCGUUACACAGCACGAGGGUGAUACCGGUCGCCAGUCGAGGUACUGGUCGCGGACAUCGCAGCCGUGGUUGAGGUUAGGUCGAACGGACCUGUCGAUCGUAGUGGCGGGACGCGGCGCGGCGGAUUUGAAUUUUCGAACCCGCGGUCGUACCCGCGCGCCGUGCUCCAGCAGCCGCAGAUCGAUUCGCGCGCGCGUCGCGAUCGGAGGAUCGCGCGGACCGUCGUUGUCAUUGUCGUCGUCGUUAUCGUUGUCGUUGUCGUUGUCGUCGUCGUCGUUGUUUUCCCGCCGGACGGACGGCUGCCGGGACGGGUUCGCCGUGAUUGUCGUCCACGACAACCGCGCGCGGGCAGCCGUUGCGCGCGCCUGCAGAUUAGGUGAGGCGAGACGUUAGACUGACGCGCGUUUUUUGAAAAAAAAUAGAAAGAAAAAAAGAAUCCCCGAAACGGAAACGCUCUGUGAGGACGAUGCGCCGCGAGUUUUUACCGUCUUCGUCGUCGUCGUCGUCGCCGCCGCCGCCGCCGCCGUCGCCAUCGCCAUCAUCGUUGUUGUUGUUGUUGUUGACAUUGUUACUGUCGCCGAGGUCGCAUUCGCGUCUGGUGGAAGCGCGCAGCGACGGAGACAAGCAGCGGGCCCUGUGAGGUUCUUGUGAAUGUUCUCGGACAGCCGCGUGCCGCGGCUAGCCGCGCAUCAGUUUCUCAGUGCACACGAGGAAAACAUGGAUAAUUCUGCGUACGUACCGAAUCACCUACCGCCGCCGUCUUUGGUCGUAUUCUCGCAGGCCGGAGGGCUGCCUGAGGCCUUGAGAAUGCAAAGACCAUUCAAUCCACAAGUGACCGACUCGAAGGAUCUGCAGGUGCCCUUUAGCACAGCAUCGCUGGGCUACGGGCUGCAUCACAUGCUGCAUCUGCCGCCGCAAUUCCUGCACCCGCUCGAUCAUAGACUGCCAUUCGGCGGCUUCCGGCCGUUGGUGCCGUCCGCGUUCGCGCCCCCCAGCAAGUGCCUCAAGGUCGAAACCGGGAACGGCACGGUGCCGGGGAACGGCGGCCUGCCCAGCAUCGGCUCGCUCUCGAGCAUGUCGAACAUGUUCUCGCCCACGUCCCUACCGGGUGCUGGCGGGGGUGCGGUGGUGUCCGUAUCCGGCGCGGCGGCCGCCGCGGCCGCCGCUGCCGCCGCAGCCGGCCAGGAAGUCGGCGGGCCGCAGAGUCCGGCCGGUUCCGCGAGCCGCUCGCCCACCGGUACCGGCGGCACCGGUUCCGUGCCGAAUCGUGGUGCGACUCCCGACGAGGAGGACCGUGACGCCAACGCCACCCCGGGAUCCGAGAACACCGAGCGGUCCACGCCGGAAGAGGGACGACCGUACAGACGUGAGUCCAAUUACAACGCAUGUUUCUUGCUUCCUCUUCUAUCGAAACGGAUAAUGAUCGAUACGAUGUCGGUGUCGCUUCGCGGAGUCAACUCGUGUUUUGAAUUUUUUUUUUUUUUUUUUUUUAUUUUUUUUUAUUAACAUUCGACCUUUUCCCGUGCGAUCUCUGACUUUGCUCCUCGUGUGCUCGAUAUUUGGACGUUGUUUGUAUCGAUCAUUUCUGUUCGUGCGAUUUUUUAAACUCUUUUCUCUAAUACGGUUGUUCGCUAAGCUUCGUUAAUACAUUGGCGCAUUGUUUCGAGAGGAGCAUAACACGCCACUGAAAUCUUCACGUCGAUCCGUGAAAAGACGUGACCCUAUUAGCUGUAAUUUCGUAGACAACCACGCGGAUUUUCUCCGUUCGACACGUAAACAUUCUCUCCCCCGUUAAACAAACUCAGCUGCGCUGAGGCUGCCCGAAAUUUUCAAAACACGCCACGGGUAUAUAUCUCAAGAGAUAAGAAAGAAACAUAUGCCGUAUUGUUUGAGAACGCGAUCUUUCUCGAGUCGCGGGCGGUCGAGGGUGGACUACCCGUAUAUUUUUUCGCGUAUAACCCGGCCGACGUAUAGGCGGGUUAAAGCCUGGCUACACCAGGAGCGGAAUCAUCGAGAUUUGUAUGCUUAAUCUACCUAAGUCGUUUAUUUGAGCCCCCGGCAAACGUAACAGCUGUGCCACGGACAGCCCUGAAGAGACGUAUUCACGCGGAGGGCUUCUCUUUCUUUCUCUCUUUCUCUCUCUCUCUCUCAGCCUCUCGCCCCUUCUUCCUUCCCUCCCUCCCUCACUCUUUCUCUCUACCGCGUAUUUGUUUAUUUUCCGACGUUGUCUUAAUUACCGAAAGAUAGAGCCAUCCAUUUUUCCCCGGUCGCGACGCCGCUGCCGCCGCCCGCUUUUUCCGUGCUCUUUAACGUACGCCUUCCUUCGGGUUUGCGUUGAUAAAUUGUCAUUUUUAAUAUAAUAUUAUAUAAUACGAUUUUAUAUUAUUUUCUGAAGAUUUUAGUCAGAUUUCGUUCAGCUUAACACAAAUUGCAGUUAAAGAAAUUAUAAAAAAGUGGAAUAUAUUUAGUUUACUGUUAUUUAAAAUAUUUCAAUUUUAUUACCUUGUUUUCCUGAGAGUAAAGGAUAAUUUGGUUUGUGUUGCCUAUGCUAAUAACAAUUGUAUCAAAUGACACUAAUUUUCAUAAACAGGUUAUUAAUGUUUUGAUGAUGAUUAAAAAGAUGAUUAAUAGUUUUUUUUUAUUAAUAAUAUAAGAUAGGAAUAACCGUU